AUGGACACAGAGAGGAUGCACGACCACGAUAUUGAAAAGAAUCCAGAGAAUCCAGAAAAACACAACAAUGUCGAGUCACACCAAUUACAGCCGCAGCCAGAGUUGCAGCGAAGGCUCAAAAGCCGACAUUUACAGAUGAUCGCAAUGGGAGGUGCUAUCGGAACUGGUCUAUUUAUCGGCAGUGGAAGUUCCAUUGCUACCGCGGGCCCUGUCGGUGCUCUGAUUGCAUUCACCUUCAUCGGAUCAAUCGUGUAUUCAGUCAUGAUCGCCUUGGGCGAGGUAGCCACCUACCUACCGAUCGCAGGAGCAUUUGCCACCUAUGCAACCCGCCUAGUCGAUCCCAGCCUAGGCUUUGCAAUGGGCUGGAUCUACUGGUUUUCAUGGGCGUCGACAUUUGCCCUUGAGCUGACAGCCACCGGCCUAAUCAUCCAAUACUGGGAUGACACAAUCCCGAUGGCAAUCUUCAUUGCUGUGUUCUGGGUUGUUAUCAUCAUUUUGAACAUGUUUCCUGUCAGCUGCUACGGCGAAGUCGAGUUUUGGCUUUCAAGCAUUAAAAUCAUCACCGUCGUUGGGUUUAUGAUAUUCGCUAUCUGCAUCAAUGCUGGAGUUGGCAGGGAGGGUUAUCUGGGCUUCAGAUACUGGGUUCAUCCUGGCCCAUUUCGGGCUUAUCUGCUCGAGGAUCCUGGACAAGACGCUCUGGCUAAAUUUAUCGGAUUUUGGGCCAUUCUGAUCAAAGCCGGGUUUUCAUAUCAAGGCACUGAACUUGUCGGUAUUGCUGCGGGUGAAACUGAAAACCCUCGCAAGAACAUUCCCUCUGCUAUUCGGAAGACUUUCUUCCGGAUCGUGUUUUUCUUCGUUUUUACGAUCUUCUUCGUUGGUAUCGUCGUGCCAUCCAACGAUGAUCGCCUUAUCUCCGAUGAUACAAAUGCCGAUGCAUCACCCUUUGUCAUCGCUGCGAAGCGUGCCGGUGUCAAUGUCCUGCCUAGUAUCAUCAACGCAGUCCUGCUCACUGUGGUCCUUUCCGCUGCCAAUUCCAACGUUUACAGCGGGAGUCGGAUUCUCGUCGGUUUGGCUCAUGAGGGCUUUGCUCCUCUGUUUUUCAUGAAAACAACCAAACACGGCGUGCCCUAUGGAAGUGUUGGGUUUACGGCUCUUUUUGGACUGUUAGGCUUCCUCAAUGUGUCGAAUGCUGGAGCCACUGUUUUCAACUGGUUGAUGCAGAUUGCUGGCUUGGCCGGUUUUAUUACCUGGGCAUCUCUGAACAUUUGCCAUCUAGCUUUUAUGAAAGCUUUGGCUGCUCAAGGGAUUUCACGUGACAGCCUUCCCUAUAAGGCUACCUGGCAACCCUUUUUCUCGUGGUAUGGCUUGUUUUUCAACAUACUUAUCAUUAUCACUCAGGGUUUCACUGCUUUCAUUCCGAAAUUCAGUGUUACUGAUUUCUUUAUCAACUAUCUCAGUUUGAUGUUGUUUGCGGUGCUAUACCUUGGGCAUAAGAUUGCUUACCGCCCGAAGUUUGUGAGACCUGCCGAGGCUGAUAUUGACACUGGACGAUGUGCGGAAUGA